AUGAGCACCCGGCCCACGACGACGUUUCCCACGCAAACGAUCCCCGACGGGAGCUCCUCCUAUGUCAUCCGCCCGCUCACGACGAUUUUCGUCCCUCCGCCGGAAUGCCCCGACCUCAUCAGCGAAGACUUUGACACGACGUCGCGGUCCCGCCCUUUGCGUACCAGCAAACUUUCGAUGCUGGGACGACGACGUGUGGACCGCCAUCUCCGUCCGCGGAAGCUCCACCCAGUACGAGCGCGCGUUCCAAAUCCGGUGGGAGGAGUCGGACCUCAUCUACCUAGAAACCCACCCCAUGUCCCCGGCGUCACGCCCUGGACCUCGGCCGAGGCCGUCACCGGUCCCACGUCCGACGUCACGGGCGGCGACAACAACGGCGGCGACACGGGCGGCGACACGGGCGGCGACGACGGCGGCAAGUCCGGCCUGUCCAGCGGCGCCAUCGCCGGUAUCGCCGUCGGCGCCCUCGCCGGCGUGCUCGCCAUCGUGGGCAUCGCCGUCUUCGUCUGGUGGCGCAAGCGCAAGUCCGCCCAGGGCCAUGUCCCCGUGCCCCAGGGUCCCCCACCCCCGGUAUUCCCGAGAUGGCCGGCGGCGUCGGUCCCCGGCCACUACGGCGGCACUCCCGUGUCCAACCAGCAGCACCUCCCUGGCAUGCCCGGCGCCGCUGGCUUCCCUAACCCCAACGCCGACCCUCGCUACAGCUACAUGGGCGCGCCCGGCCCCAACGGCUACUCCCCGCAACCCCAGCAACUGGCGUACGGCGCCGUGCCGCCCAAUGGUGCUUCGCCCGACAUGAUCUCCUCCCAGGGAACGACUCCUCAGCCCGGCGUGGUGGCUGGUGGCUAUCCUGUUCAGCAGCAGCAGGUGCCUCCCGUGCAUCAUUUCGAGAUGGACGGCACGUCAGCCCAGCCUCCGCCGCCCGCGGAGCUGUCGAGCGAGGCUCCGCCCCUGUGA